AGUAAAAAGACAGACUUGUUAUACAGAGAAUUUUGACAGCUUAUAAUAACUAUUGACUGCCUACGGUAAAACAAAAUAACUUUAGCUGUGGGUUUUAGGCGAAUCUCUGACGGUUCGUGAACGCAACGACAGCACCACAUUUCCAGUAGGUCAGCGGCGUACCACCAGCAGCCUCGCGGUGUCAUCGGCUGCUGCUAGUCCUCCAAACGGAAAUUCGAAGCGGUUACAGGAGCUCCGUGAGGUCGAAUCAGUUUCCAUCAGCCAACCAAGUAAGUGGACGAGUCCCGAUUGAGCCAUGGUGGAGUACUAUCAGAUACUUGGAGUACACAAAAAUGCAACGCAAGCCGACAUCAAAAAAGCGUACAGAAAACAGGCGCUAAAGUGGCACCCGGACAAGAACCCCGAAAACAAGGAGGAGGCUGAGAAGAGGUUCAAAGAGCUGGCCGAGGCUUACGAAGUGCUCUCAGAUGCAAACAAGCGGAAUAUUUAUGACAAAUACGGCAAACAAGGGCUGUCUGCAGGAGGAGGCGGGGGCGGAGGAGGCCACAACAAUCACUUUGGCGGCUACGGCUUCACAUUCCGAAAUCCUGAGGAUGUCUUCCGGGAAUUCUUUGGCGGCAGAGAUCCCUUUGCAGAUUUUUUUGCCAAUGACCCAUUCAACGACUUUAUCGGGCACACUCGUCACAGAGGGUCUACCCGAACCCGAACAGGAGGCAGCGGACUCUUCGAUUUCGGGGGGUUCUCGUUCGACUCAGGUUUUAACGCAUUCGGCGACAUGGGCGGUAGCGGGUUCACCUCCUUCUCCUCGUCGUUCGGCGGCGGAGGAGGAGGAGGCGGCGGCGGAGGAAUGGGAAACUUCAAAUCGGUGUCUACUUCUACAAAGUUCAUCAAUGGCAGAAAAAUCACCACCAAGCGGACGGUGGAGAACGGACAGGAGCGCGUGGAGGUGGAGGAGGAUGGCCAGCUCAAAUCGUUAACGGUUAACGAUGUCCCAGCAGAUGAUGACGAGCAUCGCCGGCGUAGACACAAUCUCAUUCCCGUCGCAGGUUCGCACAACCAGCGGUACCUGAGGAGCUCGGCCCAGAAUCCCGCUGUGGACGACGACGAGGGCGAGGAAGAAGGAGAGUACGGCCUCAGCAGAGGUCACACGGACUCGAAGAGGAAGAAACUUUGGCUAAGGGAGUCGAGACGAAGAAGAGCGCCGCCGCCUCCUCGAUUCUUCUUGCCCACAUUCGGCGGAUUUGGUCCUUUUUUCUAAACCAAAUGUUGUCGUCACCGAUCGUCAUUAUUUGAAAAUGUUAUCUUUAACAUAACGUUAACUUGAGAUAAUUUGUGUAUUGGACUUUCCCACAUUUUGCAACAUGUCGUAAAACCCACAAACAAAAAGUGAUUUUGUUUGGAAAGACGAACCUUCCUUCCUUGUAUUUUGACCCUUUGUUUCUCAUAAACAUACGAAUGCAUUCAAGAAA